CUUCCUCCGUUCCCGUUGCUGACGUAGACACACGUUGACAGCUCGCCGCUGCCCUGUUUGCAUUUCUGUCCGAGAGACUCGUUUCAAAUUCUAAAGAAAUUCCAGUAAUCGCAGAGCUCUGCUGGCGACUGGACGUCGGGAUCCGAGAAUCAGGGAGACCAAGAAGCUGGCAACACGACAAGCCGACUAACUGACUAACUGACUAACUGACUAACUGACUAACUGACUAACUGACUAACUGACUAACUGACUAACUGACUAACUGACUAACUGACUAACUGACUAGCUGACUAACUGACUAACUGACUAACUGACUAACUGACUAACUGACUAACUGACUAACUGACUAACUGACUAACUGACUAACUGACUAACUGACUAACUGACUAACUGACUAGCUGACUAACUGACUACCCGAGGAACUGAGGAACUGAGCCAAGAAUCCCAGUAUCAUCCGAGAACAUCUCUAACAGGAGAAGUAGUCGCGCAGCCAAGGAGACGAGAGGGUAAAGCGAAAGAAAAAAAAAAGUGAGAGCAGGCGGAAAUCGAAAGUGAUGUCGUCGGACAUCGUGGAUGUUGUUGGCGGCUACACCGGUUGGAUGCCCUCGGUGCAGAGCCUCGGUUUUCUGCUGGUUCCGGGUGCGCUCGUCCUGGUGAUUCUGUACCUGUGCGAGCGCGAGUACGAAGACAUCCUGGGCGUCUCACCGCCGGGUCCCUGGGGCCUGCCGCUACUGGGCUAUCUGCCCUUCCUGGACGCCCGGGCGCCGCACAAGUCACUCCAGAAGCUGGCCCAGCGCUAUGGCGGCAUCUUUGAGCUGAAAAUGGGCAGGGUGCGUACCGUAAUCCUCACGGAUGCCGCCUUGGUGCGGGAUUUCUUUCGGCGCGAUGUGAUGAAUGGCCGGGCUCCGCUCUACCUCACACACGGCAUCAUGGGUGGAUUUGGAAUCAUCUGCGCCCAGCUCGACAUUUGGCGACAUGCGCGACGCGAGACUAUCGAUUGGCUGAAGGCCUUGGGCAUGACCCGUCGGCCGGGGGAACUGCGCGCCCGUCUGGAGCGGCGCAUCGCCCGCGGCGUCAACGAGUGCGUCCAGCUAUUCGAGAGUGAGGCGAAAAAGAGCUGUGCAUCGGAGGUGGACCCGCUGCCGGCGCUCCACCACUCGCUGGGCAACAUAAUAAACGACCUGGUCUUCGGGAUCACCUACAAGCGGAACGACCCCGACUGGCUGUACCUGCAGCGGCUGCAGGAGGAGGGCGUGAAGCUGAUUGGCGUCUCCGGGGUGGUCAACUUCCUGCCCUGGCUGCGUCAUCUGCCCGCCAACAAGCGCAACAUACGCUUCCUGCUGGAGGGCAAGGCCAAGACGCACGCCAUCUACGAUCGCAUUGUGGAGGCCUGUUUGCAGCGGCUGAGGGAGAAGCAGCAGGUGUUCAAGGAGCUCCAGGAGCAGAAGCGGCUGCAAAGGCAGCUGGCGAAGGAGCAGCGCCGGCAGUCAAAGGAGGCGGAAAGGAAUGCAAACCAGGAGCAGAUUGAGCCCGAAAUUGCGGCGGACGAGGAUGACGAGGAGGAGAGCGACGAGGAGGACAAGUUCGAGCCGGAGAGCAUACUGGAGCACUUCCUCGUCGUACGCGAUACGGACUCGCAGCUCUACUGCGACGACCAACUGCGUCAUCUGCUGGCCGAUCUCUUUGGCGCCGGCGUGGACACCUCACUGGCCACCCUGCGCUGGUUCCUGCUCUACUUGGCCCGCGAACAGCGCUGCCAGCGGCGACUGCAUGAGCUCCUCCUGCCGCUGGGUCCGUCGCCCAGCUUGGAGGAACUGGAGUCGCUGGCCUACCUGCGGGCUUGCAUUUCCGAAACGAUGCGCAUACGCAGCGUUGUCCCACUGGGCAUUCCGCACGGAUGCAAAGAGGAAGCCAUCAUGGGCGAUUAUAACAUCAAGGGCGGUUCGAUGAUCGUUUGCCUGGAGUGGGCCAUCCACAUGGACCCAGUGGCCUUCCCGGAACCGGAGCAGUUCCGUCCGGAGCGCUUCUUGACGCCCGAAGGCAGCUACCAGGCGCCGCCACAGUUCAUCCCAUUCUCGUCGGGCUACCGCAUGUGUCCCGGCGAGGACAUGGCUCGCAUGAUACUCACACUAUUCACGGGCCGCAUCCUGAGGCGCUUCCACUUGGAGCUGCCCCCGGGCACAGACGUGGACAUGGCGGGCGAGAGCGGCAUCACCCUGACCCCCGUUCCCCACAAGCUGCGAUUCACCAAGCUGCCGGCGAUGGAGAUGCGCCAUGAACCCGACGGAUCCGUGCUGCAGGAUUAGGUUGCAUGAGUGCAUCCCAUUGUAUGCGAUUUUUUUUUGUAUCCUUAAAUAUUUUAGUACAAUUAUUUGUGAAUGGUGGCUUAUUUAAUGCGCUUUUUUGUGGUUUUUUGUGGACAUUUUUUAAGGAAUUUUCAGU